AUGACCUAUUCGGUUGCCCCUCCCAACUACGAUGGGGGUCUUCAUGUGGCACCUCACAACCAGCUUGUUUUGGAAACGCUAGAUGCUAACACCAUGACGAGAUGGCUUAUUAAGAUCGCUGGGCAUGGCGUCGUAACUGUCCCCAGUGACCCGUCGCAGGUGGCUUACAUUGGCGAUCCAGAGUCCAGCUUCCUCUUUGCAAUGGAUACGGCUGAGAUUAGCGAUCAAGGCCAUAGAUCAGUCUACCCGGGCAACACGCAGACCAUUGUCAUGCAGAUUCCCACAGUGGACAAUCUGGUUCCGGAUCACACCGUCUUGCACUCUGGGCCGUGUGUUUCAAAGGACUACACCAGCCUGCGGUCGAUAGGUUUUUGA